UUUGUCCGGUACUCUCUCGUCUGUUUUACUGUGUUGUGUUGUGCAGUCCGCGGUGAGGUUCUGCAGUGCCGCCUGUCGCCAGCGGGGGCACUGCACCCCGUCCGCGGUCAGCUGGAGACCUUCAAGGCCGGGCCAGGGUGCGCCGCCCAGGAAAGGGGGGGCCAGGAGAUGCACCUGGUCGCGGUGGGCCGGCCCACCCACGGCCGCAUGGUGACCGUGGUCCUGAGGCCUCUGACUCGGCCCCCGGCUCCUGAUAGGAGGAUCAUCCUGCUACUCAUCUCGGAGCAGGCCCUCGAUUGGAUGCUGGAGGCCGAGGGGCUGGCCACACAGCUCUCUGUGCUGGUACAGGUGUCCCCUAACUCCACGGUGGUGUCCUCGCCCGCCAUGGCGUUCCGGCUGCAGAGGCUCCGCCCCCCGCCCCCCUUCCCCCCCCGCGCCCUGCUGCGCUGGGCUCAGCGGCACGCGGGCGGCCUGACCUCCAUGACCCACGCCGCCCACGCCGACCGUGUCUACACCCGGCUGGGGGAGGAAACACACAAGUUCUUAGCUUCUGGUCCCACCAACAGCAGGAUAACGUGCAACAACCUUCUUAAAGACAAAAGUCCUACCACUUGGUGCCCUCCAGAUCCCUCGGCCAAUCAGGCGUGCUCCCUGCAGCCCCUCUUCCUGUCACCCCACUACCUGACCUCUGACCUCCAGCAGCAGGAGGUGCGAGGCUGCCUCCCCCCCAAGGGGAACCGGAGCGGGGAAGAGGAGGUGCACCUGAUCAGACUGGUCUCAGCCGGAUCAGCCCUCUGUGGGUCUCUGCAGGUGGAGGUGGUGGUCUCUCUGCUGCCGCCGGUGGCCCGGUCCGGUCCUCACCGGGUGGUCCUGGUCGUGAGCAGCCUGGUCCCGGUGCACUGGGGGGUGCUGGCUCCCGGUCUCCAUGGCGAUGUCUCUGUUUACUCCUCCACCGGUGUCUCUCCACCCUACCCGCCCCAGCCUCACCUCUCCUUCUCCAGCGUGGUGACCCCUGACCUCUCUGCUGUGCCUGACAUGCUGGAGUGGGCCAAUCAGAGGGGCUUUACCGUGGUGACGUCAUACACCGAGGCCCCCCUGGCCAAUCGGUUCGUGGUCCACCUGGCCGGGGGCGGGACAGGUGAGGAGAGAGAGGUUCUUCAUCUUCAUGAUCAGGCGGAGCCUGCAGGGGGCGGGGCCAGGGGUCGGGCCGGCUGGCCAGCUCAGGGCCGUCUGAGAGAGUGGCUGCUAGGAAAUGAACUCGCUAUUUUCAAACUGGAUCUGAACCGGUUUGCUCAGGGUCUGUCGGAGCCGGUGGUUGCCGUGACGCUGCGGGACCCAGAGUGCAGGGCGCGGUCCAACAGCAGCCACUUCCUGCUGGCGUACCCGGUCAUUUCCUGUGGGACGGAGGGUGCGCUGCAGGGCCAUCCCAGGGGGGUGCAGUUCAAGAACACGGUGUUCAUCUGGAGAGAGCAGCCACGCCCCCUCCCUACCAACGGCCCCCAAACCACCGGGCCCCUGCGCAUUCAGAUCAGCUGUUUCUGUGCGUCUCCUCCGGAUGACGAUGAGGUCACCGCCUCUCUGGGUGGGGUACCCCGGGACCUGGGCUCUGGGGGGGGGGACCUACUCUUGGCCCCCACACCCCAGGCGGAGCCGGUCGGGGAGGGGCCAGUCGGUGCUGGGCCUGUCAGGGCUGGGCCGGUUGGGGCGGGGCCUGUGAGGGCGGGGCCAGUCCUUGCCCUCAGACUCUUCGUCUCUGAGAGCUUCCAGAGGAGCCGGACCGGCCCCUGUGUGGUCAUCGCAGACCACCGCGUCUACGUAGAGAUCUCCUUCGCGGGCCGCUUGGCCGGCAGCCUGGAGCUCCGGUCCUGUGUGGUGUCCCCCGAGUCGGACCCCAAGAGUGCCCCCUACUGGCCCCUCAUCAGGGACCGCUGCCCCGCCCAGCCCUCCCUCAGCCUCACCCAGCUCUGGAGGGGGGGAGGCCAGGGGGGAGGACCGGGGGGGGGAGGAGGAGGAGGAGGAGGAGGAGGAGGUGAUGAGGGUCCAGGAGGAGAAACGCCCGGCCACGACGCGUCCGUAGAGACGAAUGAAGAUGGAGGAGUGAAGCAGAGGAGGAAGACUCUGGUCCGGCAGGAGGUCGAGGAGGAGAAGGAAGAGGAGGAGGAGGAGGAGACGCAGUCCUUGAGGUUCAGCUUCGUCCUGCCGCCCGUUUACAACGCCUCCGUGCAGUUCCUCCACUGCCGACUCCUCCUCUGCUCCUCCGGCUCCUCCAGUGAGGAGAACCCGCCGAGGACGCCCUGCCCGGAGGGGCAGCCCAUCCCCCGCCUGACCUCUGCUCCUCCAGGCCAGCAGUGUGAGGAGAGGAACCUGAGCCGGCCCAUGGUGGUGACCCAGCACCUCAUGGUGACCCCGUCCCUCAGCCCGGGGGCGGGCCGGCCUCUGGCGCCCUCUGCUGGCCCGCGGCCCCGCAGACCCAGCGCGCUCGGCCCGCGCGGCUCAGUGAUAGAGGUGCUGCCAUUCAUCGGCAUCGUGUUCACGGCCUUCCUGAUUGGUGUGGCCCUGAUGGGGGCGCUGUGCUGCAUCUACACCCACAGUCUUUCUGACCCUUUCUGA